AUGGCUUCUUUACACGAAGCUCUUUUCUCUUCUCGGCUUCAAUUCCAUUCCCCUUCCUUUAUCUCUACUUCUUCUUCUUCCUUCCGUUGUGCUCUUCCAAUUAUCCCCAUUCUCUCUUCCCCAGCUGCGAAUUUCUGGGCAGUCAAAUCGACCCAGUUUCUUAAACGGAGUUCGAGAACCAAAUUGACGGAUAUUCCUCGUUCUUAUGCGUCGCGGAGAGGGUUCGUUUGCAGAGCUGCCGAGUAUAAGUUUCCGGAUCCCAUACCCGAAUUCGCCGAAGCUGAGACUGAGAAGUUUAGGGAGCAUAUGCUAAAGAAGCUAUCCAAGAGGGAUCUUUUUGAAGACUCUGUUGAUGAAAUUGUCGGAAUCUGCACUGAGAUAUUCGAGACGUUCUUGAGGAGUGAGUAUGGAGGACCUGGAACGCUCUUGGUCGUACCAUUCAUCGACAUGGCGGAUACUCUCAACGAAAGGGAAUUGCCUGGAGGUCCACAAGCCGCACGAGCAGCUAUCAAAUGGGCUCAGGAUCAUGUUGACAAGGACUGGAAGGAAUGGACCGGUACUGAUUAG